UCACAUCACAGGCAGGGCCAGCAAUGCGUCUAGGGCCCGGGAAAAGAGCGGCAGCGCCAGGUGCCCAGCAACGUGCCCGGCCUGGGCAACCCCGGGAGUUCCGGGACGGGCCCAGCCAGCCCCCGCUGGGGAAGCCAGACACGCGCUUCCAGGCCGCGGCCGCGCGCAGGCCCCUGCCAGGCGCGCUGAGCGGGCUCCCAACGCUGGAGCGCGCAUCGCCUACACGCCGGGGGCGGGGCGCCCGGUGCGGCUCGGCGGGGGCCGUUCGCUCGGGCCGAAGGAUGGAGGCAGGAGACCAGGAGGUGAGCAGCAUGAAACUGCAGACAUUGCAGUUACUGCCCGAGGAGCAGAUAGUGACACUUCGUCAACAGAUGGUGGAAAGUCAGGCAUCCUAUCAACGCAAGCUGCAGAGCUCCCAAGAGGCACAACAUAGACAGGCAGUGCUUGUGCAGAAGCUACAAGCAAAGGUGCUGCAGUACCGGAGUUGGUGUCGGGAGCUGCAACAGAGGCUGGAAACGGAAAGGGUUGUGCAGGGUCCCCUUUCACAUAGGUGGGAAGCCAAGGAGGAGCACAGCCUGGAGAGGGCACUGGUCCAGUUGGAGGAGGAGCAGCAGAGAUGUGAGAAUCUAGCUGAAGUGAACACCCUGCUCCGGGAGCACCUGAGCAAGGCAAAUGAGGUGAAUACAGCCCUUAGAGAGGAUGUGCAAAAACUGACAGUUGAUUGGACAAGGGCCCGGGACGAACUGGAGCUCAAGGAGAGCGAAUGGCGCACUGAACGUGAGUUCUUUGACGGGUACUUGAGGUGUGAACAUGAUCGACUUCUCAGCCUGUGGCGACAGGUGGUGACCUUCCGCCGGCACUUCCUGGAGAUGAAGACUGCAACUGACAGUGAAUAUAAACAAGUCAAAAUACCGAACACAACUAUCUGAUGCACACCUUGCUGCGAUCCUGAAGGGUUCAACUGCUCAGUCACUGAGGUCAAACAUCAACAAACUAACAGAACUGAAGCAUUGCCAGGUGUCUGGCAAACACUAAAAACUCUCUGGAAGGCGACGAAUUGUAUAAAAUUGUAUGACAAUUUUAUUAUUUUGAAGAAAUUUGAAAUAAAAAAUACAAUAUAAAUGUUUUCUUUUCUGAA